GGAGGGGCGGAUGGUGGCCGAGAUGAUCGCCCGCGGUGACGCGUGCCGGAAGAAGAGCGCGGCCCAGGUGACGCACGUGCGCGCCACGUGGUCCGCAGCACGCACAGCGGCUACACGUGGCCAGCGACUGCGUGUGUACAAGUUGUGACUCGCGCCGACGCCAAGAGGCGCCGCCGCUGCCACCACCGCUGAUGCUGGUUGGAGCCGCCUUCCGAUCCAGGGCCGUCGCCGCCUUCUGCUGCCGACUGUUGCACGCGCGCACGGCUCCGCCGGGAUCCGCCAGCGUCCACCGAGGGCCCACGAUGGUCGACCUGGUCGAGGCGGCAAGGGUCCGGGGCCCCCGCGCGCCGACGUCGCCCUCCGUGCACCGGUUCCACCACUUCCUGGUGCUCGACUUCGAGGCGACGUGCGACAAGGCCGCGCCGCCACGGCCGCAGGAGAUCAUUGAGUUUCCCAUCCUGAGAGUGAACGGGAAGUCGAUGGAAGUCGAGUCAACCUUUCACACGUACGUCCGGCCUACCGCGCACCCCCAGCUCUCCGCCUUCUGCACCGAGCUCACAGGGAUCGUUCAGGACAUGGUGGAUGGGCGCCCCACGCUCGACCAGGUGCUACAGAUGGUGGACGAAUGGAUGGAGAAGGAGGGCCUCCUGGAUCCCGAGACAAAGUCCGUGUUCGUCACCUGUGGCGACUGGGACCUCAAAGUGAUGCUGCCGGGACAAUGCAGCCACUUAAAUCUGCAGCCGAGGGACUGCUACCGCUCGUGGAUCAACAUUAAGAAGGUGUACGCCGCCUCCGCCGGCCGCUACGCCAAGGGCAUCGCCGACAUGAUGGCGGGGCUCGGCCUGCAACACGAGGGACGUCUGCACAGCGGGAUAGACGACUGCAAGAAUAUCGCCGCCAUCCUGAAGGAGCUGGCGCGCCGCGGAGCAACACUGGAGGCGACGGCUCAACUCUGACGCGCACAUUUAGCGUCGCAGACGCUCAGCGCUCAGAGCACCUUGGGCCGCUAUGUUCGUGGCCAACUGCGGCGGUGCGCACGCACGCACACGCAGGCGCACGCACGCACACGCACGCACACGCAGGCACACGCAGGCACACGCACGCACAGCCGGAAAAAACCGUCACAAAUUAGAUAGGCGCGGCGAAAGCGCGAUACGCACAGAAGAUAAAAAUAAACACAACACACGCACGGACACCGCGGGUCACUUUUAUAUGCUGCGUGUACAUGUAUAGCUCUUUUAUCGAUCCACUGCUGGAUGAGUGCCCGCGUGCUGUGCGGGUCGUGGUGGGGGGGGGCGGCCAUACUUCACCACGCUGGUCAUUUUGCGGGUUGGUGACGGCUCUGAGUGCAGCCGUGAGAGCGAGGAAGCACUGUGCGGCAGUCGAUGUUGCUGCACUCUCCUCCGCUGCCCCACGCGUAGGCCCGCAGCCUAUAGCAUCUGGCUUGCAUAGUGGGUACCUGUCCAAGACUUGAACCUCCUUGGGCUUCCGAGAGGGGACGAGGCUGGAGGCAUCCCUCCACCCGGUUGGUCUCGGCCCGUUGUCAUGGGACCCGACCUCGGACGGUGUCCACGUGGCAUCGAUUAAUUGCCGAUUCUCAAGAUAGUCGCAUCGAAUCGCGUCGGGUCGGAAGCGCUAUCGUUUUGUUGUCGUGCACCGCGGCUUCACGUGGUCCCUCCAGCCGCCAGAGGCUGCGGUGACCGCCACACGCUGCUAAAGCGCACGCGGCAAAGCGAUGCCGGGGCGAGUUUGCCGGACAGCGGCGUGCGAGCGGAGCGCAGUGAUGCGGCGCUUCGAGAGCGCUCGCCGGGUAAACUAAAAAAAAAAAACGGUCACGCGCCGGAGCGGCGUGAGCGGAAACUCGCUGGCGCGUCUUUCAGCCGCGCGACCGCGAGAACGAGAACACGCAGCGGCUCCCCAUUUACGGAGGUUGUUAACGGACCCAGUGGACAUGGUGGGUUUGCCACUUGCGCUGCUCGUCACCGCCGUGCUGCCUGCUGAUCACAGACGCGCCUCUUCACAAGAAAUAAUGACUCCUCGCUUACAACCCUAAUGUAAUCCCUUUUUUUGUGCAAGUGCUGAUCGCGGCAUUAAAUAUUUUCUGGUGCGAUA